AUGGCAUACCGCAGCAGCGGCUCUCGCGUAAACGAGUUCGAAGAGCACGAUGCCUACUACAGCAACCCACCCCGAGCCCAGACCCAGGUGCGAGAGCGAGAGCGAGGGCGAGAGUACGAGGGCGACCGCGAGUCCCGUGUCCCGACCUUCUUGAGAGAAGACGCCCGCCGCACCGAGACCGGGCCACUGGUGCUGCGACAGCGAGAUGUCGAGACCAUGGAGCGGCAGAGGCGGAGGUCGCCGGACCCCGUCCGAGUGCGGGAGACGAGGACCAUGGAACGGGCGCGGAGCGUCAGCCCGCCGCCGAGGAGGGAGUUUGUCGAGAGGGACGAGGUGAGGGUCCGCGCUGUGGAGCGGGAGAGGGUCAGGUCCCCGUCCCGCGGGCCGUCCGUCGAGAGGUUCCGGACGAGGAUCGUCGAGAGGGAGAGGUCGCGGGAGAGGUCGCCGAGCCCGCUGCCUAUACCCGUCGAGCGGAGGCGGCCGCGCUUCGUGGAGAGAGAACGCUCGCCUUCGAUCGAGAGGGAGAGCGAACACAUCCGCAUUAUUCGCAGGGAGAGGCAACGAUCGCCCAGCCCCAGUCCCAGCCCGUCGCCGGUGCGAGCCCCGCCGGUCAUCAGGGGACCGACGGUCGAGAGGGAGGUGAUUACGCAUUACCGCGAUAUCGACCACGGCGUCGUUGCUAUCCGGGCCCCGUCGCCGGCACCCCCUCCGCGUGUUCGUACCACAGAACGAAACUCGGAGAUCGACAUCUACACCUCCCGCAACGCGACCGAGGUGGACAUCCACAAGCACACGCGCUCCCACAGCCGGGGCCGCUCGCCCAGCCGCAGCCGCGAGCGCGUCUCCCACAGGAGGCCGCCCCCGGCCCGGGCCGUCUACGACGACGAGGUCAUCGUCCACAGCGACAGGAACCACCUGCACGUCGACAUCGAGGAGCGGCACCGCAGCGGCCGGCCGCGGGCCCACAGCGCGGUGCCGCCGCCGCGGGCGGCCGCGGCCGACCGCUGGGACGAGGGCGAGUACAUCACGUCGAGGAUCGACGCCCGCGGCCGCGUGGGCGAGGCGUGGCACGGCGCAACCAAGGACUGGGAAAUCGUCGACGUCCCACCCGGCACGGAGCGCGUGCUCAUGGAUGGCGCGGGCGGCGGCGGCGCAGAGGUCACGUGGCAGAAGUACAACGGCGUGCGCAGGUCCAGGUUCAUCCCCGAGCGGGAGGAGGGCCGCGCGAGCAGCAGCACCGUGUCUGACGGCAGGGAGGGGCGGGACCGCGACAGGGACCGCGAGAGGGAGAGCCGGCUGAGCGUGCAGAUCUACGACAGCGGCAGGGAUCGCGAGAGGGAGGUCGACGUCGAGAAGGUGACGGACAGGAGGAUUGGCUGCGGACGGGGUCCCGCACAUCCGAGGAGGAGCGAGAUGUGGACCGAGAUCACCAAGGAUCUCGUCGUGCGGGAGGCCCUUGACCAGAUGGGUUACGAGUACGAGGAGACGGAGUACUUUUUCUACAUCAUGCAGUAUCUGCGAUAUGAAGACGUCCUCCAGAUCGUCCAGCUCUCCGACUCGAUUCGCCGCGCCCGCAAGGACCGCCUCCGCGAGAUCCAGUGGGAGCACGACCUAGUGCGCGAGGACGAAUGGGAGCACCACCACCACCACCACCGGCACGGCCACGGGCAUCGCCACAGCCGGCACGGGCACUCGCACUCCAGCAGCCGCUACGUGGACGAUCGGGAGCGCGUCGUCGAGCGCGAGGUCGUCUACGACAGCGGGCCGCAGGUGAGGGGCUAUCUCCGCUGA